AUCCCCUCCGGUCUAACUCUCAUUGGAAACCACUAGCAUUACACACUCAUAGUAAACAAAACUCUGUCUGGGAAAGAAAAUGAAGCUCGUCCUGGUGACAUUCCUGCUUGUUUCUCUUGUUAUCGGCUCCUCUUUCUUUGAGGUGUCAAUGGCCGGUUCAGGUUUCUGUGACUCCAAGUGCAAGGUGAGGUGCUCAAAGGCAGGAGUAAAAGACAGAUGCUUGAAGUACUGUGGAAUUUGCUGUGAGAAAUGCAAGUGUGUUCCAUCUGGGACAUAUGGGAACAAGGAUGAGUGCCCUUGCUACAGGGACACGAAGAACUCCAAGGGCAAGCCCAAGUGCCCUUAGAUUUUUCCUACAUGUAUUUCUCAUGCUUUGCUUUCCAACAACAAUGCAGUGAUGGUAUAAGUGCGCUUGUGAGACUAAACUAUUAAGAGUUAUAGAGGACCCAUUAAAGGUUUCUAUUACCUGUUGGUAUUUUAAAUGAAUAAAUGGGGUCCUUCGAUAGUUUUAUGAAUAUGUUUGCCUCA